AUUUGUCGAAUUAAAUAUUGACAUUUUUCAGAUAAGGGAAACAGAGUUGGAAUUUGGAGAGGGGAAGCUCAUUUCAAUGGAGGUCCUUGCGAGCUCUUCAUUAUCCCCAAUUUUCACUAAGCACAAUACUACAAACCCUAAUUUCUCAAUACAGGUGAAAUUGUUUGUAUCUCAGCCUUCAAAGAUUCUGAAAGCUAGCAGCUUUAGAUACCCUCAAACCCCAAGGAGGAGCAAUGCAAAGCCAGGACUCGUGUUCGUCUGUAACAGAUGUUUCUGUCUUCUCGACAGGAAUGAUCUUAGGAAGUUUUCCGGGAAGAUCAUGAUGAAAGCUUCAGUCAGUUUCAGAAAGAAUGUCUCUGUGGCAUUGGUUCGGCUUGUUUCUGUUCUGCUUGUCUCAUCCAUCUCUGUCGUUACAACUGCUGAUUCACCAUCAUGGGGUCUUAGUGAAGAGAAUCUUCUCUUCUUAGAAGCUUGGAGAACGAUAGAUCGUGCGUAUAUCGAUAAAACCUUCAAUGGGCAAAGCUGGUUUCGUUACAGAGAGUCUGCUUUACGCAAUGAGCCCAUGAACAAUCGAGAAGAGACUUACAUGGCUAUCAAGAAAAUGAUUGCAACACUGGACGAUCCUUUUACUCGGUUCCUGGAGCCUGGAAAGUUUCAGAGUUUGCGGUCUGGAACUCAAGGUGCGGUUACAGGUGUUGGGCUGUCUAUAGGUUACCCGGCUGCAUCAGAUGGAUCACCGUCUGGGCUUGUUGUUAUAUCAGCUGCUCCAGGUGGUCCUGCAAAUAGAGCUGGAGUUUCACCUGGCGAUUUUAUCUUAGGAAUUGAUAAUACAACCACUGAAACUCUGACCAUAUAUGAUGCGGCACAGAUGUUGCAGGGACCUGAAGGAAGCACAGUGGAGCUAGCGAUUCGAAGUGGACCUGAAACGAGACUCUUAUCUUUGACGAGAGAGCGAGUAUCUGUGAAUCCAGUGAAGUCAAGAUUAUGUGAACUUCCUGGCUCUGGAAGUUAUUCCCCAAAGAUUGGGUAUAUAAAGCUAACAACAUUCAAUCAAAAUGCUUCGGGUGCGGUCAAAGAAGCAAUUGAGACCUUGAGAGGCAACAAUGUAAAUGCAUUUGUCUUGGAUCUUCGAGACAAUAGUGGUGGUUCUUUCCCAGAAGGAAUCGAGAUUGCUAAGUUUUGGUUAGAUAAAGGAGUGAUUGUGUAUAUUUGCGAUAGCCGAGGUGUUAGAGAUAUAUAUGAUACUGAUGGAAGCAAUGCUAUAGCAACCUCCGAGCCUCUUGCCGUCCUGGUUAACAAAGGUACCGCAAGUGCCAGCGAGAUAUUGGCAGGCGCCUUGAAAGACAACAAACGUGCUCUGGUUUACGGAGAACCAACUUACGGAAAAGGUAAGAUACAGUCAGUGUUUCAGCUAUCAGAUGGUUCGGGCUUGGCGGUAACAGUUGCUCGUUACGAAACACCAGCUCAUACCGAUAUAGACAAGGUCGGUGUUACUCCUGAUCAUCCGUUGCCAAAGUCAUUUCCGAAAGACGAAGAGGCUUUCUGUGGAUGCCUUAAGGAUCCUACAGCUGCUUGUUAUCUCAAUCAAGGCCUGCUUUUCUCUAGAUGAUAUUUGAUUUGUUCAUACUUUGUUCUGAGAGCGUAUGAGUAAAGAAUGAUUCAUUGACUCAAACCUUUGUAUACUCGUGAAGAUUUACUUAGCAUCAUUGUCAGCUUAAUCGAGACAAGGGAUUUCACUUUCAAAAA